AGUUGGUUUCCUAAUUUCCACACGAUGUAAAGCUGAAGACACCUGACUGUAAUUCGUCAUUGUGAAUGUCACUCAGCGAUGACGUAGCGGAUAGAAAUGGCGUCAGAUUUGAAAAUUGAAACUAGCAGAGGUGGAGUUUGAAACGGUUGCUGUAGCGUUUGCUGUGAUUUUGCAUGUAAUACAAUAUUAUUAGAAUACUAGUUUAGGAUAUUACUAUUGUGAAAAGAAUGAGGAGAAGGAGCAGCAGUAGUAGCGGCAAGUGCACGUCAAGACGGCGUAAUGACAGUUUGGGUUUUGACGAAUUUGGUUUCGCCCUGAGUAAGAAAAAAGACCAAAAACUGCAACAUCGAAGUCAUGAUUACAGCUACCCGCAACCAAACACCGUUAGGGUUAAGGAGUUGUGCGAACUUCUCAGCUACUGGAAUGGAUCCAGCUUCAUUUGCAGAAACCAGAUUGAACGUUUCAUCAGGAUUGGCGUCCCCCCUGCUCUCCGAGGGCAGGUGUGGAAGUGUCUCCUCAGCACGGAUGCCCUCAGGGACACCAGCUCUUUCAGUUACCAGAAGUGCCUGAAGGAGAUCCGGGGGCCCCUGGUCGACCUGGGGGUGAGCGAGUACAGCAUCCUCUCGGCCAUCGCCACCCUCAGCGAGACCGAGAACGAGAUGGGGUGCGCCCCCUCGCCCCCCCAGCCCCCCGAGGCCUCGGUCUUCUCCUGCAGCGACGUGGCCAUCUUCCGUCAGAUAGCGCUGGACCUCCAGAGGUCGUUUCCCACCCACCGCUCCCUCAUGGGGGACUCUGCAGAGGCCAUCGAAGGCCAGGCCAAGCUCUUCAGAGUGCUGACCGCCUACGCCAGGUACAACCCGCUCAUUGGCUACUGCCAAGGAAUGUCCUACAUCGCAGCAGUGCUUCUCAUGAACCUGGCUGAGGAGGAGGCAUUCUGGGCUCUUGUGGCACUGUUAGAGAAACCUAAAUACCUGUCAGGGCUGUUUGACCACUCACUGGACAAGAUCCAGCACCAGGCGAGGGUCUUCCACCAGCUCCUGAAGCACAGAAAACCCCAGCUCUCCCAGCACAUAGAGGAUUUGGGGGUGUCGUCGCUGCACUUUGUGAUGCCCUGGUUCCUGACGCUCUUCACCUCCCUGCCCUGCUGGGACUCGGUGCUGGCCGUGUGGGACCUCAUCAUGCUGCAGGGUCUCUUGGCCGUGUUCCGCGUGGGGCUGGCCGUGCUGGAGCUCCUGGAGCCCCGCCUCCUGCAGAUGACGGACGAGGGCCUGAUGCUGCCCACCCUGCUGCGAGUGCCCGUGGAAGUCUCUCAGCACUGUGUGCUGGUCCCUGCUCUGUGGGGCACGGAGGUGCAGGAGUGGGAGAUUGACUGCAUGAAUGGCCUGGUGCUGGAGGAGACCGGCGAGGGACGCCACCAGCAAGAGAAGGAGAGCGGCCCGUCGACGCCGCGGGCCGCCGCGGAGGACGGGAGGCGAGGGAAGGAGCGUCUCGCUCGGACGCCCGCGACGGAGGCCCGGAAGCCCGCGAAGAAAGAAGCGGGAGGCGGGGCUAAGAGCGUGUUCGCGCGCAUGCUGCGGACCGCCCGGCGCUACCUGGGGGACGUGGGCCGGGGGCUGAGCGCCGAGAGCAAGCCGUCCCCCCCGAAAAACGCCGCCGCCGCCACCGCCGCGGGCCGCUUUCCCAGGGGGGCUCGGCCCUCCUCCUCCCUCACGCGCGUGCAGAUGAGGUCCCGAAAGAAGAGCCAGAGGGGGACGUUCCAGCGGUCUGCAGCGGGACGGGUGAAGAAGGCAGCGCUCCCCUCUCAGGAUUCGGACGGAGGGGUCCCAGACACGGGCCCGGAGCCGGCCCUGAGGAGGAGGAGCUCCGGCCCCGUGGGGCGGGUGGCGCGCCGCCGGAGCAGCUGCCACCCCCCGAGGGGGAGGUCCCUGCGCCUGCUCCGCCCUGCGGCCGGCUCGGCCCCGCCCACGAACCCCGGCACCCCGCCCCCCGACCCCACUGACUCACCUGGAGCAUCGGCCUUCAGGGAGCCGUCGCCUCCCCGUCCCGACGACGACGACGAUGACAUCCCCGAGAGCGUGCGAGAGUCGCAGCUCAUCUGA